AUGGACCGACCCACCUCCGAGUACGCACAGUCAGGUUCGCACCACCCACCACCACCAUCAUCUCAACCACCAUCUUCACUCAACAGCCAUUCUGAUCAUCCUCAUCCUGAACACUCUGCAGACCAGACUUCUGCUGCUGCUGUCGCUGCGGCCACUCACUACACGCACACCCCGCAACCCGAACCCGAGUACGGACUGAACCCACCGCCUGCUCGUUCGCCUGCAUACCACCAGGACUACGUGCCGCGCCCGCCUCAAUCCUACGCUCCAAACUCCCAACCCGGUGGUGCGCCCGGUAUGGCUCAAGCAACAAGUCCGUUCCUGCCCACCUCCUCCUCCAUGUCUUCUUCUGCUGCUCCUCCUCCUCUUCCUCCUGCGUCGGAUCCUGCCGCGACUCCGCGCAGCCCUGACCUCGAUCCCGCUCUUGCCUCUUUGCCUCCUGCCUCCUCCUCCAACUUCCUCUCUGACGCGGCUGUCCCUCUAGAUCCCUCGCUCCCGGCCAACAGCCCCCCUUAUCCUCCGCCUUACUCCCCCUACCAGCCUCAGGGACACGACAUGGCUCAAUACCAGGGUCACCCGCCGCCUCCUCACCAGAUGUACGCCCGUCCGGACUGGCCGCAUAGCUAUGGACAGCAACAUCACGGUCUGCCGGGGCCUUAUGCCUCCCCGGCGGCUACUACGGUUGGUUCCGCCUCCCCUGCUGCAACCGCAGGCCCGCGUCCUGGCCAGGUCUACUCCUUCGUUCCUAUCCCCGGCGCUCAACAGCACAAGCGCCCCCGUCGUCGGUACGAGGAAAUCGAGCGCAUGUACAAGUGUGGAUGGAAUGGUUGUGAAAAGGCGUAUGGUACACUCAACCACUUGAACGCACACGUGACGAUGCAGUCGCACGGUGCUAAGCGUACCCCCGAAGAAUUCAAGGAGAUCCGCAAGGAAUGGAAGGCCCGCAAGAAGGAGGAAGAGUCUCAGCGUAAAGCUGCUGAAGAGCGUGAGCGAGCUGCUGCCCAGGCUGCCCAGGCCGGCCAGGUCGAUGCCCCCGGCUCUUCUGACCCUUCUCAAGGUGGUCAGCCUCCUGCUUACGCUAGCGGCGUUCGCCCUCAGCUGCCUCCUAUCGGCUACCAGCCUGCCGAUGGCCAGGUUCCCAACCAAUACGGUGGCCCUGGCGGUGGUAUGGUUUACCAGAGCAACGGACAAAUGGGUUACCCUCCCAACUACCCUCACUCCCCUUACCAGAGCGGUCCUGUGUACCAGCAACGUGAGUAA